CCAUCGUCGCAAUGGAUUUUCACAGGCUUGUUUCGAACGUGGGGUCCGCAAGCUACUUCGUUCAAAACGGGUCAGAUUAGAAGCGUGAUGAUAGAGUACCAAGACUUGCUCGUAACUGACUAAGAUCGAGAUCACAUCCGACCUCCCUCGCAAUCGAUUCGAUUUGAAAGAAAGAAAGUCACUCGUUACAAAAUGAGUGACCCUUCCAGUAAGCAAUGGAUUCACAUUCCUGAUUCAUCUAGCUUCUGGACUAGGUGGCGUAUGAUUUAUUGCCUUUUUAGGUGUUUCGGUGUCACAGUGUCUGCAGCUUUCCAGUUUACUCCAUUCAAUCGCGGAACAAAGUUGGCUGUAGUACCUAUGGCAAAUUACGCUCCGAUCUCUGAGGGAGUGAAUGAUGAAACACGACCGCGCAGUAUCUUUUUCCGUUCCCCAUUGCUGGAUUACGGUUACCUUCCCGUCGUCGAGGAAUACGAAAGCGGUAGUCUAGCGAGAAAGCCGCUGUUACUUUAUCUUCCAGGCUUUGAUGGAUCUUUUCUAAGCGCGUUUCUGCAGUAUCCGGAACUUUCGACUGCUUUUGAUGUUCGGUGCAUGAGUAUUCCAGCUUCGGAUCGAUCAACAUUCAAUGAACUGAAAAGAUCAGUACUACAAUACCUGCGUAUGGAGAUAGCGGAAUCAAUAGUUGGAGAUUUGGAUCAAAGGUCCAGUCGGAACAAAACCCAACCUAUUCUAAGCUCUAGUCCAUUCGAUCAAAUAUUCUCUUUUACCAAGGGCGCCUCCUCAAAAGCGGUAUACAAGAGGAGCAGCCGGUCAGUAUACCUUGUCGGCGAAUCAUUUGGUGGCCUUCUAGCCAGUGAAAUUGCCUUGUCGAUUCUUGAGAGCGAGAAAAGCCAUGCGAAUAGCACUAUCGAUUUGCAAGGACUCGUGCUCGUUAAUCCAGCUACAUGCUAUGACCGGUCUCGCUUAGCCGCCUUAGGACCGCCUGUGGCCAACAGCGUACCAUGGAUGUAUCCAGCCAACUUGGCAAAGCUCCUGCCCCUCUUUACCGACGAGUAUUCUUUGGCUCAAUUGAGACUAAUCGUACAAGCCAAAGCCUUGCCCUCUGUAAUUGAUGAUGCUCCCCGUGAAGCCUACUUGGGACGUGUGGCAUUAUCAUUGCCUUUCAUCUUUCCCUCCAUGCCUCAAGCCACUUUGUCGUGGCGGCUGUCUCAAUGGUUGGAAUUUGGAUGUGCUAGUGCCGAGCAGAGGUUGACGGGUCUGGCUGCUUUCCCUAGCUUUCGUGUAUUGAUUGUCGCGGGGGAAUUCGAUGCCUGCUUACCAUCAAUCGACGAAGCCGAGCGUUUGGUUAGUGGCGUCUUGCCCAAUGCCAAGGUGCACGUUGUGGAGGGUGCUGGGCACGCGAGUACCUGCGGUAGUCGGAUGGACUUGACAGCUGUUAUGCGCAACUGCUUUGUUGAACUACAACAGAAAAAUGGACGCCGUUCAGUGACCUUGCGGACGGCCAUGAAAAACGAAGCGGCAUCAGGCAUAGAAGAGUAUUUCGGCAUGCAACCGCGAUACGAUAACGCGACAAUUGGAUUGAAUCCGUUACGCUACUGGAGUCCGGAAUUAUACCUAAAGCACCGACCUAAAACCGGCCCAGGUCAGCGGAAAAUUUCUCGUACCACCAGGCACAAAGGAUAGGUAGGUACAAUCGAGCGACUGGAAUUUUAAACCGAUAUACUGUUAUGGUACCAUUGGGGCUUCUCUUCGGAAAAACAUCUUACAGAACUGUGCCGAAAAAUAAAGGUGAGAUUCCUAUAUCCGUUAAUAGUAAGGAGAUAGACGUUCGAGGAUGAUCUGAGGCUCUGUCUGGAAAUUUUGAAAUUGACAACAGGUAUGACCUUGCUGUUAGCGUUUGGA